AUGUCUGCCGAAACUGCCCAUACCACAUUCUUUGGUAACAUCGAAGCCUAUGAUGUACAUGUUUACUAUGAUAACGACAAUCCUGGGGAAAAACAAUUUGCCUUGGACCUUCAUGAGUCCUUCAAGACCGAGCUAGCCGAUUUAGUCGCCAAAGGUGAUAUUCGUCUUCUUAAAUUUAUUGACCAUUCAGUGGGGCCCCACCCGACUGGUAUGUUUAAGGUUGACCUCCGGACAACCGAAGCUUUUGUUAGAGCCGUCCCUUUUUUCCAAAUUAGUCACGGGAACUUGAGUGUGUUGAUCCAUCCUAUUUCUGAUCAAGGUGAUCUAGCUGACCACACCAAACACGCUUUGUGGUUGGGUGAAAAACAGCCAUUGUUAUUGCAUGUAUUGAAGUAA